AUAUUAUAUGACAUAUCGAGAAACGUUUCAGCCUCGUUAUCGAACCAAAUAUAAAUGCUGUCACGGCUGGAAGCAACGCAAUAAAGAAAAAGGAUGUUUAUUCCGUCAAUGCAGCCGUGGAGUCUGUUUCAACGGUGGAGCCUGUAAUGGUGGAUAUAUGCCGGCCUGUUCUUGUCCCCCAGGUUUCCAUGGUCCCCGCUGCCAAUAUGACGUCAAUGAAUGCGCCAUAAACAACGGAGGUUGUGAACACAGAUGUUCGAACACUAUAGGUUCCUUCUACUGUAAAUGUCCACCUGGUUACCAAAUUGGAUCAGACGGCAAAGGUUGCAUAGAUAUCGACGAAUGUGGAAUAAAUAAUGGUGGUUGCCAAUACGAGUGCGUGAACACCCAGGGUGGAUCUAUUUGUCGAUGUCCAGACGGUCAAACACUUAGUGAUGACGAAAAAACAUGUAUUGGAGAAGCUGAUGUAGAUAUGAGAACUCAUCAGUGGCUGCAGAGUGUUGGUUUGAAAGCUGAAGCAGAAGGAUUUAUCCUAGUGGCACAAGCUCAGUCUCCUCACCCGAAACUAUCAAGCAAAUGUCACGCACAAGGGGAAGACUGCGAUGACAAACUUGAGAGUAUUCACCACAUUGUUGCUGUUCGCCCAGUCCUUGCCCCUACAGAAUAUAAAACCAAGCGUGAUCGUGGUAACCAAUAUCAGCACUGGAACAUAUGCUGUUAUUAUGAUAUCCUGCCUUUUAAGAACUGGCAUCUACAGCCAGUCACUGAGGCAGAAAAUGCUACCAUCCUAUGA